GUGUGAUACUGGGCAGAGUCAAGAUAAUAACAUAAUUGCUUGUGAAUUGAUCAUCAAAACACUUCCACUAGUUAGUCUCAAUUUGUAAACAUGGCACGAUACAAAUUGUUGUUGGUAAUUCUCACCAUACUAUCCGGAAACGUACCUAAAAGUUUUUGUGCUAACAUUCUAAUAACAGAAGAUUUACCUUCGAAGAGUCAUCAAAUAUGGAAUUACGUAGUUGCAGAUGCUCUAGUAGCCAAAGGCCACAACGUUACUGUAUUGGGGCCAAAAUCAAUUUCUACAGAGCGCCAUGAGAGGUUUCAUAGUAUAGUCCUGGAAGGUCUGACCAAGAGUGUUGCAACCCUCUUCACUCCGGAUGAGUUAACGAAAGUUGGAGUUAUCGACAAUAUUUUAUUGAUAAACAAUUUCGCUGUGUUCGCCUGCAACUACUCUGUGAAUACGGAAGGCUUCAAGUUCCUCAUGAACUACCCGAAGGAUUUCAAGUUCGACUUGAUACUCUCCGACGUCACUUUAUCAAACUGCCUUUUGCCCAUCAGUCAGAGAUUCAACUUCCCUCCAACAGCCGCUUUGACUGCGUUUAUGCUCCCACCACAUGUCUCUGAGGCAUUUGGAAAUCCUUAUCCCCUCUCUUAUUUACCUUAUGACUUACUCAAUUUCUCGGACCAAAUGAAUUUCUUCGAAAGGCUACAGAAUUAUGCGUUGGCAAGAAUGGAUACGUUCUUGAAAUACAUCUACUUCGAACACAAAAUUGAGGAGGUAGCUAGAAGUGCUUUUGGAAAUGAUAUGCGGCCUUUAGAGGAUUUUGCAAAUAGGCUUUCUUUGCUGAUCUGUAACUUAACUCCCGGAUUCCAUUAUCCACGUCCCAUCACGCCAAAUAUCAUUCCUGUGGGGGGGCUUCACAUCAACCCCAAGAAGAAAUUGCCACAGGAUUUACAGCAAAUAAUGGAUGACUCAAAAAAUGGUGUUAUUUUAUUUGCACUUGGAAGUAACUUGAGAUCUGACAGCCUUGCUCCAGAAAAGAAGAUUGCAAUUUUGGAAGUGUUCGGGCAACUGAAUCAAACGGUUUUGUGGAAGUUCGAAAGCCAACUGACUAAUGUUCCAAAGAAUGUUAUUAUACGUAAAUGGUUACCACAAACAGAAAUUUUAGCUCACCCAAAUAUGAAAUUGUUCGUGAGCCACGGAGGAGCACUUAGUACUACCGAGGCAGCGUACUUCGGGGUACCAAUUAUAGGAAUGCCAUUCUUUGUAGAUCAACGUUUCAAUAUCGAGCUGGUAGUGAGCAAAAAGUUAGGAGUCAAACUUGAAUACAGUGCUUUAACGAAAGAAUCAUUUCUGAGCAGUAUUCAAGAAAUUCUAGGGAACUCAAGGUAUUCAGUUGAAAUCAAGAAAUUAUCUGAACAAUUGAGAGAUCAGACUGAGCCGGCCAUCAAUAGAGCUGUUUUUUGGAUAGAGUUUCUCAUGAGACACAAUGGGACCCACAUUUUUGAUCCAAAAUCAAGGCAUCUUUCGAAUUUUGUAUUAUCUUCAACAGAUGUUUUACUCUUUCUUUCAGUAUUGGCGUGUUUGUUGACAUAUAUUUGCUACAAAGUUUUAUUUCUCGUUUUGCGCCGUUUAUGUUAUGACUGUAGGAAAAUAAAAAAAGAAUGAGCUUCCA